AUGGCGGACCCAGAGCAGUACAUGAAGCCCGCAACGCGCUUGCGAAAGUUACUCUGUCAACCGGGUGUCUGUAUUCAGGCUCCGGGGGUAUACGAUGGCCUCUGCGCACGCCUGGCCAUCGAGCAAGGAUUCAAGGUCAUGUACCAAGGUGGUUCAAUGACCACAGCCACACGCCUGGGGAGAGCAGAUCUCGCGUUCGCAUCGCUGAACGACUUUGCGCAGAACGCCCAGAUGAUCGCCAACAUUGAUCCUCGGAUUCCGCUCAUUGCCGAUGCAGAUGUCGGAUUCGGUUCGCCGCCCAAUAUCGCCCGCAUGGUGCAAAUGUAUGACUCGUGUGGAGUGGCGGGCUUCCAUAUUGAGGACCAAGUGGCCAACAAACGAUGUGGUCACUUGAAGGGCAAGGAAGUCGUGGACAUGGAGACCUGGAAGUCAAGGAUCCGCGCAUGUGUUAUUGGGCGGGAUUCUAUCUACGGGGGCAGUGACAUUGUCAUUAUCGCAAGGACGGACGCACUUGCAGUUGAGGGAUACGAUGGCGCCCUAGAGAGACUUCUCGUGGCACGCGAGUGCGGUGCAGACAUGGCCUUUUUAGAAGCCAUUGAGACAGAAGAACAGAUCAAGAAUGCUGUUAACAUCCUUUCGCCGAUGCCACUGAUGGUGAACUUGGUUUCUCAUGGUAAAACACCAUGGAUUUCACCCGCACAGCUGGGUGAGUGGGGAGUCAAGCUGGCAAUCUACCCAGGUGCUGCGGGAAAGUCAGUAUUGCAUACCAUUCGACGGGCUUAUAAGUAUCUCAUGGAGACUGGCCAAGAUGAUGCAGAGGCACAGGGACUUGAUCCAAAAGGAUUCUUCGAUGUUAUGGGGCUGCAGAGGGAGAUGGAAAUUGAUCGACUUGCGGGAGGUUUAUCCUUCGCAGAGGGGGCAUAA